UCAGACAUUACCAGCCGCCUCCGCUCAAUCCUCGCCAAUCUGAGGAGCCAAGAUGAUCCCACUUUGCAACUUAUUGCUCUUCAAACAUUGUCUGAAAUAUUGUCUGUCAGCAGUGAGGAAACACUAUCAAGCUUUUUUACCAGCGAUAGUUUUGUCAAAGAAUUAGUACGCAUAAUGAAGGGCCCGGACGAUCUUAUGAAUGGAGAUAUGAUGGAUGAUGAUAUGAUGCUAGCAUUAGCCAUGAGUGAAGGCAUGGGAGGAGGAAACCCGGAAAUUAUGCUACUUGCCUGCAGAUGCAUUGCUAAUCUUCUUGACGCUAUGCCAACUGCGGCUUCAAGUGUGCUGUAUCAUAAGGGUGUAAAGGUUCUUUGUGAAAAACUAAAGUCUAUCGAGUACAUUGAUCUUGCUGAACAGGCCCUUUGUGCCCUUGAAAAAGUAGCAGCUCAUUUUCCUCGUGCUGUGGUCAAUGAAGGUGGCCUCAGUGCUACACUUAUGUUUUUUGAUUUUUUCAGUAUACACUCCCAGCGUACUGCACUUCGAACCGCCUCUAACUGCAUGCGUGGUGUUGAUUCUGACACGUUUGAUCAGGUUAUGGAAGUUGUUCCCGCUUUUACAAAUUUCAUCACAUACUCGGACCGCACCAUUGUUGAGUUAGCUUGCCUUUGUUGGGUUAGAUUGGCGGAGAGUUAUCGGAAUAGCCGCGAAAACCUCGAAAAGGCCAUUUCACCAAACCUACUAUCAACCAUGGUGAGCCUUUUGCCUGUGUCUGGAAAUCCCAAUGCCGUUCGACCUUCGACCUUUAACGACCUCUUACGUUUCUUCCGUGCCGUUGCCAAGAGCUCGCCGACACUAGCCUGUGAAUUACUUAAAGCAGAUAUCAUUGGUGUAUUUUAUCAAAUCCUUACUGGGGCUCCCUCGCCACCCGAAAAUAUUGAUGUCAGCGUCACCAUCACACAACUCGACAGCAAGUGGAGGGAUUCAGUCCCUUCUAUCACAAAGAUUUUUGCUGAUUUACUCCCUCACCUGCCUAAGGGUGAGCCAAUUACAUGGCGCUUCAAGGAAACUGAGCCAAUUGCCACCCGUACUCGUUCUGCCAAACCCACCACAACAGAAACAAAAACGGAUACUGAUCCCCGUAUUGGACUAUUCAAAGAACAACCUAAGCUUCUUAAACGCAUCAACUUUAUUCUUGUGCCAAUACUUCUCGAGAUUUAUACAUCCACUGUGAACGUGCGUGUCCGUCAAUAUGUGACCCACAUCUUGGUGAAACUUAUUUACUUCUCCGAGGCCGAGACACUUAAGACAGCAUUGAAGAAUAUUUCCUUCUCAAGUUUCCUUGCUAGUAUACUGGCUCAACAAGAGCACCCAACUUUAGUCAUGGACAGUCUAUUUAUGGCUGAGAUUCUCAUAAAAAAGCUUCCUGGGGUUUAUCGGUCCCUGUUUGAAAGAGAGGGUGUGUUGCAUGAGAUCGAGACCCUUGGCACCAAACCAUUUUCAGACACCGAACUUCAGCAUGAUACCAAGUCUAUUGAGGAGAGCUUGAGUGAUUCCACUAACGCUAAAGAAAAUACUGUCUCGAAUAUUGCCGAGGCUUCUAGUACUUUGAAGGAUGAUACGCAUACAAAGGAAAAUGACACAAUUUCUGAAUCAGCAACAACAGAAGACGCGGCAGACUUUAGAUCUGCUGGAUCCCCUUCACCUGCAGCUGCUGCUAAUGUUACUACUGCCAAUAAUGGUGAUAACGAAAAGGGUAUUGGCUGUGGAUCAACCCGACGCCACAUUAUUCAACUCGCCAAAAACUUUGUUUCCGAAUAUUAUGAACAGGCAACGAAAGGAUCUGAUGAGUCUAGUGGUAGAAGUCUUUGUGACAUUCGAAAACUCGCACAGGAUCUCGUUGGCCCUUCAACGGACAACUAUGAGUCCGCCAUAAAACACCUACUUUACUAUCUCCAGGAGUCUAACAUGGGUAUAAGCAGCUUUGAGCUUACCAACUCAGGCUUACUAGACUCCCUUGUUUCUUAUUUGAGCGAUGACUCGGAUACAUUCUCUUGCCCUCGUUCUAUGCGCUAUGAUACUUUCCACCGCGUAUUUAUAAAGGAGUACCAACAGAAUGAAAAGCAUGCUUCUAAACCAAGUGCUUUGAGAGUACUUAUUCAGCGUCUUCAAGAGAUCUUAAGCCGUGUCGAACCAUUCGAGGUGAUUUCUCCUUUGGAGUCUCCAUCAAGCGACAGUGCCAGAAACCCGACCAGCAUGUUGGCCAAGCAACUCCGUUUACGCUUAACUGGAAAAGGUUCUGAUAUUCCACGGGAGUAUAACAAUCUGAUGGUAUCAACACACGCUGUGGCCACUUUUAGAGUGUUGGAAGAAUAUCUAUUGGCACGUUUAGGUAGCGCCAGUAAUUCUGAUGGAGUCGAUAACGAAGACGGUAUUGUAGAAGACGAUAUAGAUACCGAUAACGAAGAAGAACACGAAAAUGAAAUGGAUAUCGAUGAAGAAAAUUCAUUGGAUGAGGCAACCGAUCUUCCUAGUGAUAGUCUGUUGGGAGAUUCUUCAAAGAAUAUCGCUUCUCCUAUUGUCGAUGAUUCUUCCAGUCCCCUUUCGUCGACACAGGCAUCGGCAUCUACGGAACAAAAAGGACAUGCAUCUGACCCCGAAUCUCCUCAAAAACCAGGAAAAUGGCAAAUCAAGUUUUCUCUUAAGGACACCCACAUCCCCAGUGACACAACUGUAUAUGGUGCUGUUCAUGAAUAUGAGUCGAGAACAUCUAACGAUGAUGGAUCGUCUCGUAGUAUCUGGUCUACAUCAUAUCCAAUUACCUUUGAACGUGUGUGGGUUGCUGAUAGUGAAGAAACGGCUAUCAAUAGCUCAAAACAGCCAUUGCGACAACUAGCCACCAGCGAAAAGCCUGAAGUACUCUUAUCCGAUUCCGUCUGUACCAAGGUUCUGACUCUACUCAAGGCAUUGUCUGGCUUGAGUGACUUUGAUUCCCAACCACUGGGUGAAGCAGACGUAAUUUCAGCUGAAGAUUUUAUUAACCGUAAACUUACGGCAAAGAUGAACCGCCAGCUGGAAGAACCAUUAAUUGUUGCCAGUUCAUGCCUUCCCAAGUGGGCAUAUUGGUUGAUGCUGGAAGCUCCGUUCCUUUUUCCCUUUGAGACACGUUACUUGUUUAUCCAGAGCACGUCAUUUGGGUACUCACGCCUUAUUUCACGCUGGCAGAGUCUUCAGAUGCGCAACACAACCCAGAAUGGGUCACGCGAGGACACUCACAAUCAGCAGCAGCAACCGAUUCUGGGUCGUAUGGAACGUCAAAAGGUCCGCAUCAUCCGUUCUCAGAUGCUAGAGUCCGCAAUUAAGAUUCUUGAUUUAUUUGGAAGCUCACAGUCUGUCCUCGAAGUCGAAUAUACUGGCGAAGAAGGAACUGGUCUAGGCCCUUCACUCGAGUUCUAUGCCUCGACUUCAAAGGAAUUCUGCAAAAAAUCAAUUAAUCUCUGGCGCGAUGGUGGAAAUGAUCCUAGUAGCUUGUAUGUCGAUGCCAGUAGAGGUCUUUUCCCCAAAACUUUACCCAAGAAUGCAAAUGGAAAGUCUGCCAAAAAGAUUCUCAACCUAUUCAAAACCCUUGGACAGUUUGUGGCCAAAGCUAUGUUGGAUUUCCGUAUAAUCGACAUUCCAUUUAGUGUCGCAUUCUUCAAGCUCGCAUUGGAUGAAAGUGUCGACCAAGAUAAGUUAAUCAAAGAGAUUGACCCUACGCUGAGCAAAUCGUUGGAUACGCUUCAAAGUUAUAUUAAGCAGAAAAACGCUCUUUAUAAAGAUACUACAAAGGAUAUGAUGCAGCAGAUAAAAGAAGCUCAAAAUAUAACUGUCGACAAUGCCCGUCUCGAGGAUCUUUGCUUGGAGUUCACGCUUCCUGGAGAUCCAACAAUUGAAUUAAAGCCAGGAGGCAGCGAAAUUCCUGUUACAAUCAAUAAUGUGGAAGAAUACGUCAAUCUCCUAAAAGACUCUCUUGUUGGUUCAGGAAUUGCCCAACAGUUAGAUGUCUUCCGCAAGGGAUUCAAUGGGUUGUUUGCUAUUGAUGAUCUAAAGAUCCUCAGUCAUCAAGAACUGGUAUCCUUGUUCGGGCAAUCUUCGGAAGAUUGGACUUAUGGAACUUUGGCAGAUACUAUCAAGGCAGACCAUGGAUUUACUAUGGAAAGUCCUGCUUUUAAGAAUCUUCUGGAAAUUCUGUCCGAAAUGGACGAUGAUAGCCGGCGUGAUUUCCUUCAGUUCACAACCGGAAGCCCUCGUCUACCGAUCGGUGGGUGGAAAGCUAUCAGACCUGUGUUUACAGUAGUGCGUAAGGUGCCAGAAGCACCCUUGCACGCUGAUGACUAUCUUCCUUCCGUCAUGACUUGUGCAAACUAUCUUAAAAUGCCCGACUAUACCAAUAAGAUUGUGAUGGAACAGCGUAUAUUCAAGUCCAUGAAGGAAGGAAAGAAUAGCUUCUUGCUUUCC